CGUCGAGCGCGCGGGUCGAGGUCUCGCGAGAGGUUGCCACAAGGCGGUUGCGCCGAGGCGCUCUCUGCGUGUCUCUGCUCGGCCGAGGGUCGCUUCGCCGAUUGUGCGCCGAGACAGCCGCCCGCCCGCCCGCUUCCUUCCUUCCAGAAACGCCAUGUCUCGCUACUUGCGGCCUCCCAACAGCUCGCUCUUCGUGCGGAACGUGGCCGACGACACUAGGUCAGAAGACUUGCGUCGUGAAUUUGGUCGUUAUGGUCCAAUAGUUGAUGUUUAUGUGCCCCUGGAUUUCUACACUCGCCGUCCAAGAGGAUUUGCUUAUGUUCAAUUUGAAGACGUUCGUGAUGCUGAAGAUGCCCUUCAUAAUUUGGACCGGAAGUGGAUUUGUGGCCGCCAAAUAGAAAUCCAGUUUGCUCAAGGAGAUCGGAAAACACCAAACCAAAUGAAAGCAAAGGAAGGAAGAAAUGUGUACAGCUCUUCCCGUUAUGAUGACUAUGACAGAUACAGGCGUUCUAGAAGCCGCAGUUAUGAAAGGAGGAGGUCAAGAAGCCGUUCUUUUGACUACAGCUAUCGCAGAUCUUAUAGCCCUAGAAACAGUAGACCUGCUGGAAGACGUCGCCGUAGCAGAAGUCGUUCAGAUAAUGAUAGGUUCAAACACCGUAACAGAUCUUUUUCAAGGUCAAAGUCCAAUUCAAGAUCACGAUCUAAGUCACCACCCAAAAAAGAAAUGAAGGCUAAAUCACGUUCUAGGUCUGCAUCUCGCACUAAAUCUAGAGGCACCUCUAAAACGGAUUCUAAGACACAAUAUAAAUCCAGCUCAAGAUAUGAAAAAGAAUCAAGGAAAAAAGAACCAACUAGAUCCAAAUCUCAGUCGAGAUCGCAUUCUAGAUCUAGAUCAAAAUCCAGAUCCAGGUCAUGGGCUAGUCCCAAGUCCAGUGGCCAUUAACAGUGUACCUUGUUUUUUUAGGCAUGUAUCAUCCAGUUACACAGUUGAGUUAUGAUGUUGCAACAUUGCUUUAAAAUAACAUUGUCAGUUAUCCCUGUAGCGGGAAAUUAUUACUAUUAAAAUACAAUAUUGAGAAUCUUAUACAAAAGAGUCCACUUUGUUAAAUGUCAUGGGCAGCUACUGAAGUUCUUGUGGUGUUUCUAUGUAUAUUUUUGUAAAAGACUUGCAUUUUUAUGCUUCAAAUAUUAAUGGUACCUUGAUUAUCACCAUAGUUUAUAGAAUUAUUUUAAUCUCAUCCAUAAAGAAUAACUGUUCCCUGUAUAUUUAAAUUGUUCGGUAUCCCCGCUGUACAGUUGGAAAACUGGGAGCUCAUAUGCAACAGUGACUGCUGUGAAGUAUAAACUAUAAUAAUUUCAAGUUUCAAAAUGAGGUUUUGGAUUUGUCAUGCGCAUUUGUGCCAAGAUGACUGGAUUCUGGGGUAUUGAGAAAAAUGGUAUCGAGGUACUCAUUGAUAACUUCUGAAGUGAUGGUUCUGGUAGUAUAACAAAGAAGACUAGAGCAGGAAUCUACUGUGAGAACUUAUUGUAGAUUUUGUCAGGAUUUCUCAUGCUUCCUCCUAACUGAUAAUUUAAUCCCUAAAAGUAAAAAUAUUCCAUUAAAUAAUUAGAUAAAAAUAUAUACAACUAUAUGCAGUGUGGUGUAUCUUAAGUUUUAGUGAGCAGUUGAUCACAACUUGCUUAAGAUUUCUUGCUGCAUUAAGUCAAAUGAACAUGCUGAAUUAGUUUGUAUGGCAUGUAAAAACCAAAUUUAUGCCAUUUACUUCCUAGAUAGCUUGUGAAUCCCAUAAAUACCUAUUUCUAGCCAUGUCUUUCUAAACAUGAUUACGGUAAUGCAUCAGAACCUAUGAAGUAGGUCAAGCAAGCCUGUCUGUUCAAAAGAUGGAUUAUAAAUAGGGCUCCAGUUACCAUAUAGCACACCUCAACUUGUGUGUUCACAGUGUGUGUGAAGAAGAGCUGCAUCCUUUGCUUUUGUUUUGUUGUAACCCAAUAUCAAGACUGCAUAUGAUCAAUUGCCAUAGCAUAAUCUCAGAAGUACUCUCUGAAGAAUGCACCCUGUUGUAAUAAGGUAGUUUUUCUAUUGAAAUGUGAAAGCCAGUAACAAACCCUGAAAGGUCCUCAGCUUCCACCAAGUAGAGCAACUGAAUAUUGAACUGCCUGUUUCUGUAGAAAACAAUGUUCAGAUUUAAAUUUUAGUUACGCACAGGCCACUCAGGAGUUAAAGGUGGCUUUUAAAAUUCUGGAUGUGGAAUGUUCCGAGGGGUGAUUGUUGAACCUUUGUAUAUUUGAUAGUAUUUCUAACUUUUCCUUUCAUGUUAAAAGUUAAUGUUCUGCUAUGCAAUCAUUUAUAACUUGGGUUCCUUUUUUUAAUUUUGUAGACUUCUGAUGUAUAGUUUAAAACAAAGUGUAAAAUUGUGGUGUAACUGUGCAGCUCUGGUCAGAGAAAGUUGUGGAAAUAAACUUUGUAUUUCCUUUCUUAUAGAAGCUUCUACAAAGGUAUUUUUAUAUGUUCUUUUUAAAAUAGUGUACUACCUUAAACAUAAGUGUUUUGAUCAAGCAACAUCCAGCUUAUCUCUGCUUGCUGUAAACUACUAGCAAAUGUGCUAUAAUAAAGAAGGAAAUAGAAAUCCA